AUGGCCACUGCCAGUGCAAGCUACCCUGCCUUCACAUAUGAAUCUACCGCUUCAGAGGUCGCUGCAGCGCUGGCUGCAGAGAUUCAUGGCAAGAACGUUCUCAUCACUGGAACGUCGAUGAAUGGGAUUGGCUUCGAGGCAGCACGGGCCAUGGCCAAAUAUGCGAAUCUUGUGGUCAUUACUGGCCACAACGAGGAAAGACUCAAGCUGUCCGAGACAGCCAUCAAGCAAGAAACUCCGACUACCAACAUUCGAUGCCUCUCCCUUGACCUGUCCUCUCUCGCAUCGGUGCGGAUUGCCGCCGCCCGGGUUAAUGCUUAUCCCGAACCGCUCCACGUACUCAUCCACAAUGCCGCCGCUCCCCUCGGGCCAUUCAAGCUCACCGUCGACAACCUCGAAAGCCAGCUCGCCACUGACCACAUUGCCCCCUUCCUGCUGACAAAGCUUCUCCUGCCGAAGCUCCUCGCCGCCUGCAGCCCCGAAUACCGGCCCCGUGUCGUUUUCGUCUCCAGUACUGCCCAUGCAAUCGCGACUGGUCUCGAUUGGGACCGCUUGGCCAGUUUAGCUGUUCCUGCAAGAGAGAGGGCCGGCGUGGAGGAAAAGUACUUCACAUCCCCGCAAGAAGCGUAUUAUCACGCGAAAUCCGCGAAUAUCUUGACUGCGAUUGAGAUGUCGCGUCGGUACGAGGGCAAGAUUCUUGGCUACAGUCUGCAUCCCGGAAUUAUCUUGACAAACAUCACGCAGAGAGAGGACUCCGUGGCGGCCAUGCAGGCCAUGGAGAUCUUUGGCGCUGAUGGGAAGCCGAAUACUCGCGACAUACCUUGGAAGACGAUUCCACAGGGAGCCGCUACCACGAUCGCUGCUGCAUUUGACCCCCGGAUCGUCGUCACACCCGGUGCUUAUUUGGUUGACUCGGUUGUCGCGAACGAUAAGGUGGCCACGCAUUGUCUGGAUCUGGCUGCGGCGGAGAGACUGUGGACUAUGACGGAGACAAUCAUUGGGGACUCGGAGGAGUUUGUGUGA